AGGGGAGGAAUAUUGAUGAGCUGGGCGGUGCUGUGGCAGGCGGCACUGAUGUCAAAAUGCCAGUUAGCCCGGCCGGUGCCAGUUAGCACCUCAUUUGAAUAUACAAAAAAUAGAAGGUUAAGGCCGAACGGCGCGGUGGAUCCGGGCACAAACAUGGAUAUUACAGAAAUGUCCCAGCGUGGAAGGAAAGUAACUUCAUACGCUGAAAUGAAGACUGAUCUCAACCUCUUACUAGAAUGUCUGAAGUUUCAGAUGGACAAUCCUGACUCUCAAAAGGAGACCUUGGUGGCUGUUCGUGCUAUUUGCCAAGACAACAGUGAUGCUUGUGACUACUUCAGAGAAAUUGGAGGCCUACUAUUUCUCAAUAACCUAGCAAAAUCCAGCACCCACUGCAUAUUAAAACAAGCCUCCUUAUAUACACUGGCAGUUCUGGCAGAGAACAACGUGUAUUGCCAGCAAACCUUAUGUACAUCGGCACUCUUUGAAGAUGUCUACACAGUCUUGGUGGACGAGCAGUCGUCUAUAAACCUAAAGUGGAUGUGUGUUUUCGUAUUCCUUGUCUUAGUUUCUAAUAACAAGACUGGUCAGAGUCUUGCUAGAGAGUCUGGAUGUAUUGAUGUACUUCUUCUUAUAUUUAGCAAAAUGUUGACAUGCAACAUGAUUUUGGCCAGUGGAAACACAAAUCCCCAAUAUCAGCUUUGGUUGUCUGUCUGCAGUGCGCUAUGUACCUGUGUCAAUAAUCCACAAAAUGAAGAGAACCAGAAACUUUGCAGCUCAGUGUUUCCACAGGCAAUUGAAUGGCUUGAGGGGUCUUUCCAGCAUGAGAUAGCUCGUCCUAUGUUUUCUAUGAUUGGCCUCACUGUCGCCAAUUGUAGAUAUACCCAGGACUACUUUGCAUCUAUUGGAGGGCUGGAUAUAUUGGCUGAUAUCCUUUCCCACCUUGUGAAUGGUUCUCAAGUAAAAAGCUUUGAUUUUAGACUUGCUAUAGCAGCUACAAAAACUUUGGAUGCUUGUAUUGCAGAAAACUCUAAAUCUAUACAUCACCUGUCAAAGCACAGCAUUAUAUCUAGUCUCAUGAGCCUUUUGUCCUGUGGAACUUUGGAAGCAGAAGACAAGUUUAGCAUUGUACUUGCUGUUGGCCACCUCACUGAAGACUGUGAGGCAAACCAGUAUGAGCUACUGAAAAGCAAAGGACUUCCUCUUAUGAUUCAGGUGCUGGCUGAGACACAAGAUGACGAGUUACACAAAGCAGCAACAUUCGUCCUUCAGAACUGCAGAUGUAUAACUGAAAUGUUGUCUCUCAAUGAAAAUGAACAUCUUUCAAGCAUAAAUCUCUGCUCUGUGUCAAGUCACAAAAACCAAAAGGACAGAUAUUUGGAUGAAUACAGGGGACAGGCUAAAGAAAUAUUUCACAAAAUACAAUACCUGCAGCAGCAGUAUGAUGAGAAUAUAGACAAUAUUGAGGUACCUGAUAGAAGGGAGAAUGAUGCUCCUAAGUUUGGGAAAGCAGUUGUUGCAUCCAUGCUACCCUUGGUUCCUAGUUGUUUAAACCACUCAAAGUACAGAAAUGACAAAUCCAUGGCAGCUGUUUUCCAUGAAGAGUUAAAGCAUCAAGAUCACUUUACUUCUCAGAAAUUAUUUGGGUGUUUAGCUAAGGACCAGAGACCAUCCAGAGACAGAAUAUCGCUGGAAAAAGUGAGACAGCAGAUAUUUUUAGACAUGACUAAACUACAGAAAUCCGCUGCAUCAACAUCAGGUCGUCUUAGUAAAACAUGCAAUGACAGCUAUAUAGCUCAAGAGACUUGUGCAGAUUUACUAAGCAGAGAUCAGACCGGAAGGCCAGAAUCUUCCAGAAAUAACAUUACUUCCAGGGAUGCAGUCAGUCAAACAUUACCAAAUCAUGUGAUGGAGAAGUUACAUGAUCUCCCCUCGCCACACACAGAGCUGUCAGAAGAAGAUGAGCAGACUAGUCCUAAAGCCAGUUCUGUCAGAAUUUUAAGGUUAAAUACAUCUAAACAUUCAUCUUUAGUCAGACAUGACAAGCUUCUAGAUCCCAUGAUGAUAUGUGCUGAUGUAAUUGAUAGGGAGAUAAGCAGCAUUCUAGAUACUCAUCAACACCCAUUAAAUGAGAUGCCGUGUUCAGGCUGUCUAGUGACAGGGCAUAUUAUGAAUAGUAGGAAUUGCAACAAGAUCUUGAUAGGAUGUCCAAGCUUGUGUGUUCGUCACAGAGUUAUCCUACAGACAGAAGAACGUUAUAGAACAGAAUGUAGAAACUUACUGCAUGGUACCGGACAUGCCGCAGCACAGAAAAGUUCAAGUUCACAGACUGGGAAGGGGCGUUACCCAGCAGGUGUGACAUCAUCUGAAGCCACAGAUAUGCAGUUGACACCACUAAAAAGAGGAGGAGAGAACUUUCCGAAUAAAACAAGAUCCAACUGCAUCCUGCUGACCCCUAUAAGGAAGGCAAAUCCAAGAAGCAGCAAGUGUGUAAAAACAUGUUCUCUGCAAGUAGAAUCAAGUUUAGAAACAGAAUCUGAUAGAGACUCAUCUCCUAAAAGACAAGCGGUAACUCCCAACCAGCCUCAUGCUGUGGAGGUUCAGCCUCCAGGAAAUCCUGACCAAAAGCAACCUCAGAAAGGAAGACGUAAAGAUUUUACCCAAAGAGAAAUUGCUAAUCUUCUGGACGGAGUGGAAAAGUUUGGCUACCACUGGAAUGCUAUUUUGUGGUCAUAUCCUUUUCAGCAGGGCCGAAAAAAUGUCGACUUGGCGAAAAAAUACAAACUGUUAAAGGAGAAGCAGUGACUCAUGCUGUGUAUUGUACAUAUAUCAUACAUUACAAGAGAUUAGAUAUAGCAGCUAGUCAAGAUCCUCAGAAUGGCGCAAUUAUUUGUUUUUCUUCUACAUAAAAGAUGUCUGCAAUAUGUUUCCUCCACAUGACCUUUAAUUUCUCUAGAUUUCAAUAAAAUAAUUCAUA